AUGUACUCUAUCACAACCACACCCAUCCGGGUGACAGCGUCUGCCUUGCCCAAGACAGCCGGUCUUCGCGGAUGUAUUGUCGCUGCGAGUUACUCUAGCUUGACAUCCCUAUCACACAAACCUGCCCAUACGCCAUACCACACCCACCGUUCCGUAUCAUCCACCACCCCCCAGUCCAAGAUCAAAGAGUUCUUCCCCAAAGUCGAAACGAAACAGAUCGUCGAAGUAGAAUCCGCAUGGCGGCAUCCAGUAUACACCGAAGCGCAAAUGCGCAGUAUACAAGUCUCGCAUCGGCAGGCUCGCAACUGGUCCGACUGGUUCGCGCUAGCCAUGGCGCGGGUGCUGCGCUGGGGGAUGGACACAGUGACAAACUACAAGCACCCGUCCAGCUCUAACGGGAAGUUUGAAAUGACGGAAAAGAACUGGCUGAAUAGAAUUCUAUUCCUGGAGAGUGUCGCAGGGGUGCCGGGGAUGGUGGCGGGGAUGCUCCGACAUUUGCGCAGUUUAAGGACGAUGAAGCGGGAUAACGGAUGGAUCGAAACACUGCUCGAGGAAGCGCACAACGAGCGGAUGCAUCUCCUCACAUUCAUGAAAAUCGCACAACCGGGGCUAUUCAUGCGGCUAAUGGUGCUCGGGGCGCAGGGCGUAUACUUCAACGGACUGUUCUUCGCAUACCUGAUCUCCCCACGCACCUGUCACCGGUUCGUGGGAUAUCUCGAGGAAGAAGCGGUGAUCACAUACACACGCAUAAUCGAAGAAAUCGAGGCCGGCCAUCUGCCCGCAUGGAGAGAGAUGCAGGCGCCGGAGAUCGCUGUCAAGUACUGGGAUAUGCCGGAGGGAUCGAGGUCGAUGCGGGAUUUGAUGUUGUAUGUGCGUGCCGAUGAGGCCAAGCAUCGCGAGGUUAAUCAUACCCUGGGCAACCUGGAUCAGAAGGCGGAUCCGAACCCAUAUACGGCGGUGUAUAGAGAUUCGACCAAGCUGAAGCCGAGUAAGGGGGCGGAUUUGAUGAAGGAGACGGGGUGGGAGAGGGAGGAGGUUAUUUAA